ACGCUUAUCCUGCUGGGUGAUCCCUAACUUCCGACUGACGAGGCAGGUUCAGUGUUUCUUACUCUGACAAGGCCUAAAGUUAGUCACUAGUGGGCAGUAACACAGAGUUUGAAGGCUAACCAUGGCCUUGUGAUCGGCAGCACGUUAGUGAGUUAAGUUUUUUUUUUUUUUUUUUUUAAAGUCAGAAACGGGCAACGUAACAGAGCCUUUUUCUCUGAACAACCUCAGUGCUACAGGUUCCCGGAUACUUAAGCUAGUAAAGCUAAAGACGCAGCUAGCUGUUGGCCAAUCCGAGCCCUUCUAAAUUUGAUUUUCGGUGUUCUGUUUCGAGAUGUCAACUGCAGGGUUCAACUCUCAGAAUGGGACAGGAGCGGGACAACCGUACGCGAACGGUCCAUCACCUUACCCUGUCACUCUACAGCAGCAGCAGCAAAGCCCAGGAGUUGGAUACAGUGCUACCCACCAGUCUCCCAACAAUGCAGUGCAGACCAAAGCCCCCAUACCCACUGCCUCUGGACUCUACCCCUCUGGACCAUACCAAGCUAUUCCCCCAUUCAGCUGCUACCAGCCUGUCCCACCAUCAACGUCCUACCCAACUCCUACAGGCCAUCCACUGUUGACUAGGCCUCCAGUGGCGGGUCCAUUACCCAAUACCCCUCCUCAGUCUGCUAGCUCAGGGCCUAGAAUGCCUGCACAUGCUACACCCCCACCUCCCAUUGUGUCUUCUAGUAGUUAUUACCCAAACCCUCAACAGCCACAGAACAUGGCUCCUUCCUGGUCAUACAGCACAGCUCUGCCAACAGUGGGGCCACCCUCUCCUAUGAGUACACCACCCCGUAGCCUGGUGGCUAAUCACAGCUCAACAGUGACACUACAGUCAUUGGGUUCUUACAUCUCUGCACCACCACCCCCUGUGUCCCACAGUCCCAGUCAGACCCCUCCUGUGGGCAUACCCCCCACCUCUUUACAUGGAUACACCCAGCCAGGAACUCUACCACUCCCGGUGAAUCCCAUGACUCCUCACACAUACCAACAGAGCAGGGCACCUUAUGGUCCUCCACCCAUGGGCCCCACACAAACUAUGAAACCCCCACCACCUCCCACUGGACCACCAAAGAUUAAUGCCACAUCUCCACCCCCCAAGGCAGAUGCUCAGUGUGGGACAGCUAUUAACAGCACUCUGACCCCUUCUGAGCCUGACCCACAGGAGGGGGAUAUUGAAUGUCCAGGAACAACACCUGGCAGUGGUCCACAAGCUUCAAGCACUUAUAAUCAUGUUGACAACAAAAUGGCUGGUUUGGCGCCUCAGGAGCCACAGGGUCGGCUCUUGGGCCACUACCCCUCGCUUCCUCCUGGGUACCAGAAUACCACAACUCCACAAAAUACCAUACAGCCUUAUACCCAAGCACCUCAGUCAUACCACCAGCCAACUGGAGGCCCUGGACCAGCCCAACUGAGCCCAUCCCUGGCAGCCAUGAGCCUCCAAUCCAGCACCCCGGAGGCCCUUAGAGUGGUCAACUUGCUGCAGGAGAGGAACUUGCUGCCUCCAACUGCCAUCCCUGCUCCAAAACCCUGUCUUCCUCAGGACCUACAGAAGGUCAACUGCAACCCUGAGGUUUUCCGCUGUACGCUGACCAGCAUCCCUCAGAACCAGUCUCUUCUCAGUAAAGCCAAGAUGCCACUGGGCCUCCUGCUGCACCCUUUUAAAGACCUCUCGCAACUUCCUGUGGUAACAUCCAGCACCAUUGUAAGGUGUCGAUCAUGCAGAACCUACAUCAACCCUUUUGUCUCUUUCCUCGACCAGAGGAGGUGGAAGUGUAACCUAUGCUACCGGGUAAAUGAUGUUCCCGAGGAGUUCAUGUACAAUCCAGUCAGCAGAUCAUACGGCGAGCCACAUAAAAGACCUGAAAUCCAGAACGCCACGAUCGAGUUCAUUGCUCCUUCAGAAUAUAUGGUGAGGCCACCACAGCCUGCUGUUUACCUGUUUGUUCUGGACGUAUCCCACAAUGCAGUGGAGACGGGCUACCUGAGUGUAUUCUGCCAGUCAUUAUUAGACAAUAUCAACAUGCUUCCUGGAGAUUCACGGACAAAAGUAGGCUUCAUCACUUUUGACAGCACCAUCCACUUCUACAACCUCCAGGAGGGUCUUUCCCAGCCACAGAUGCUCAUCGUUUCUGAUAUUGAAGAUAUCUUUCUACCAACACCAGACAGCCUUCUUGUAAACCUCAACGAAAGCAAAGAGCUUGUGCAAGAUUUUCUGAAGAGCCUACCACAUCUGUUUGAGAAGACUAUGGAGACCCAGUCUGCUCUAGGUUCAGCUCUGCAGGGGGCCUUCAAGCUGCUGUCACCCACCGGAGGGCGACUGUCUGUGUUUCAAACUCAGCUGCCGAACCUCGGGGUUGGGGCCCUGCAGUCCAGAGAGGACCCCAAUCAGCGGGCAUUUGCCAAGGACAUCCAACAUUUGUCUCCAGUGACGGACUACUACAAGAAGCUGGCUCUGGACUGCUCUGGCCAGCAGGUGGCAGUUGAUCUUUUCCUGCUCAGUGCUCAGUACUGUGACUUGGCAUCACUUGGCUGCAUAUCCAGAUACUCGGCUGGAAGUGUGUACUACUACUCAUCCUACCACCACCAGCACAACCCAGCCCAGGUUGAGCGCUUCCAGAAGGAUCUGAAGAGAUACUUAACCAGGAAGAUCGGUUUUGAGGCUGUCAUGAGGAUACGAUGCACCAAAGGCCUGUCCAUCCACACCUUUCAUGGGAACUUCUUUGUGCGCUCCACGGAUUUGCUGUCCCUCCCCAACGUGAAUCCAGAUGCUGGAUUUGCAGUUCAGAUGUCCAUAGAGGAAAACUUGGACGACAUGCAUUUUGUCUCAUUCCAGGCUGCACUACUGUACACUUCCAGUAAAGGAGAGAGGAGGAUCCGUGUCCACACACUGUGUCUCCCUGUGGUCAGUUCUCUGGCUGACAUUUUUGCAGGAGCCGAUGUUCAAGCAGUCACUGGACUGCUGGCCUGCAUGGCUGUGGACCGCUCUGUGACAACCAGCCUUGGUGAUGCCAGAGAUGCAAUGACAAAUGCUGCCAUUGACUCACUGGCUUCAUACCGGCAGUCUGUGUUGACCAUUCAGCAACCGGGAUUGCUCGCUCCAGCCUGCCUCAGACUGUUUCCCCUCUACAUCCUUGCUCUGUUGAAGCAGAAAGCCUUCAGGACUGGUACCAGCACCAGGCUGGAUGAGCGGGUGUUUGCCAUGUUUCAGCUGAAGUGUCAGCCUUUGGCCUAUGCAAUGCUGAUGAUCCAUCCUGCUCUCUACCGCAUUGAUGACCUUAAUGAUGAGGGAGCUUUGAACAUCAAUGAUCGGACCAUCCCUCAGCCCAGAGUCCGACAGCUGUGUGGAGAACAACUCUGCAGGGACGGAGCCAUCCUCAUGGAUGCUGGAAUGGUUAUGUAUUUGUGGAUCGGAAGAAACUGCAACCCCAACUUUCUCACACAGGUUUUGGGAGUUCCAAACUACUCUACUGUGCCUGACAACCUGUAUCUGCUCCCUGAGCUGGACACUGCUGAGUCACAGAGAACCAGAGCUUUCAUUGGUUGGCUGAGGGAUCAGAGGCCUUUUUUCCCUACCCUAUAUGUUAUCAGGGAAGAGAGCCAACUAAAAAACACCUUUUUGCAGAACAUGAUUGAGGACCGAACAGAGUCGGCCCUGUCUUACUAUGAGUUUCUCCUUCACCUCCAACAACAAAUCUCCAAAUGAUCUUCAGCAGGAGUUUAGAGACGAGGAGCCGGGGAACCGAAGACGCACAUCAGUGUAUGCGUGUUAAUAUAUAUGUACAUGGUGUGUGCCUGUAAGCAGGAGACGCUCGUGGUUGCCUUGUUUGCACCAUCAUCCGCUGUGCUCCAGCAUCGGUAUGAAAAAAAAAAAAAAAUAAUCAUCUGGUGACAUGAACUGAUGGGAAGCCGCAAUCAAACCAAUUUGGCAGCCGGGGCAGAUAAAUGGGAAAAUCUUAAUUCUGAUUCUUAUUUGACACGUCAAACCUACAGUUGAAGCAUUGGAGGAUAAAGCUAAGGAAUCAUAACAGCAGCGAUCAGACUGUCAGUGAUCAAAUGAAUCAGUGUUAAUUCUUGUAGAACAACGAUAACAGCGGUAUGACCACAAUACAGUCCAGGCUAAUCAAUGUGCAAAGUGUUUUUGUUGUCAAAGCACAGUUGUCUUUACUAAAAUAAGUAUAUAUGAUUAAGGCUUGGUGUUGGAGGAUAGUUGGUAUGUUUGCACUCAGACUGUUAUUGGGUGUCACCGUGAGUAUUUCUAUGCCUGACUCUGACUAUACCCUCUUGUAGUACUGAAGGGCAGAAUGUCUUUUUAUUUCUUAGUUAUUAUAAUUGUGUGUCGAACAAAUCUUUAAACUCUGUCGUAGAUGACAAAUGUUCAAGGUGUUUAAAGGUUGAUUAACCUCACUGAUCUCUGCUGCCUUGACCGUGUGGCUUCGGCAGCAGUGAUUGGUCUCCUUCAAACACUCUGUGUCAUUCUGUGUGGACAUUCAGAACACCUCUGACGACAUUACCAUCCUGUUUUGUCUUUCUUUUGAUUAAUUUAUGAGACUCCCAAACUGAUUAAAUUCUAUAAUUGCCUUGUAUGGGAACUCACUUUUUAUUGUUAAGCCUCUGUUAAAAUACAGACUAUAUAUAAAAAAUAUUUUAAUAUAAUAGAUAUGAGAAAUUCUUUAACAGAUAUAAUAAAGCCAUUGUGAUCUUUUAAUCAUGCUUAUUGAUACUUGUAUAUUGAAAAGACUGCAUUAUAUAAAAGUGAAUAAAUGCUGAUGAUUUUAGUAUAAACCUAAAAGUGAAAUGAGAAAAUAAAAUGUUGGGACUUUCUAAAUGUA